GAGUGUGACAGAGCAGGGAGAAGGAUCAGGCUUUGCUGCAAAUAUAAGGACGAGUUGAUACUGCAGCACAGGGCAGAGGAAAAGGGAGGCAGAAGGGCUGAUGAUUCAUCACAGCAGGAAAGGAAGAAAUCACACUUGAGGACAAGAUUUGGCUCACCAUUUUUUGGCCCUCAACCUUCACCUUCACAUCACUUCGGCCCUUCAUUCAGGAUGGAGAGCACCAGAGGAAGAGAGCGGACGGGCUGCUUCCCCCAGCCUGAAAUCUACAGAUGUAAGUCAGCACCAGCAUCAGCUGCUGGCUGAGCACCUCUCCUCACCUCUCAGCCGGGGGGCUUCAUGCCCUGGGACAGUCCUGGGAGAUAGAAGGAGGAGAAGGAGGAGGAGGAGGAGGAGGAGGAGCAGGCAUUGGGGAGGCUGGCUCAUAGAGAGCAGUGGUGGAGGGUGGUGGUUUCAGCUGCCUGCCUGCUGCUGUAUUUUUGGAUGUGGGAUCUCCUGAAUUAAGUGAGCAAGCUGGAAUAAAGAUGUAGUGUGAGCUGGUGAGAGGAGGGGGACAGAACAAGGAGAGCGCUGUGCUGAGGAGAGGAGACGGCUGGACGUCCCGGCUCGACGGACGGACCAGGCGGAGGGAGAGCAGGACAGAGGGUCCACUGGAUCAAGAAGAUGCCCUCUCGCUGCAGAAAUGCGCUGAACAUCGUGGUCACCACCCUUUUUGCUGCGGUGGUCCUCUUCACCAUCUUGCUGGCCUAUGUCACAGGCUACCAGUUCAUCCACACAGAGCAGCACCACCUCUCCUUUGGCCUCUAUGGUGCCUUCCUCUCUCUCCACCUCUUCCUCCAGAGCCUUUUUGCUUUCCUGGAGCAUCGUCGGAUGAGAAGCCCUGCCCGGCCUCAGCAUCUCCGUCGCACUGUAGCCCUCUGCAUCGCUGCCUACCAGGAAGACCCAGACUACCUGAGGAAGUGCCUCCGCAGCAUCAGACGGAUCUCUUUCCCUGGCCUGAAGGUGGUGCUGGUGGUGGACGGCAACCGGCCAGAGGAUCGCUACAUGAUGGACAUUUUCCAGGAGGUGAUGGGUGGGGCUGACCAGGCUGGUAGCAUGGUGUGGAAGGGAAACUACCACAGUGAUGGGAGCGGAGGAGGAUGUGUGGAAGGUGGAGGGAGGAGCACCGUCCAUAUGGAGGAGGCUGUACGAGUGGCUCGGCUGGUCAGAGGCUGCCGCUACUCCUGCAUCAUGCAGGAAUGGGGAGGGAAGAGAGAGGUGAUGUACACUGCCUUUAAAGCGCUGGGGGAGAGCGUGGACUAUGUACAGGUGUGUGAUUCAGACACUGUUCUGGACCCAGCAUGCACCAUAGAAAUGCUGAAGAUUCUUGAGGACGAUCCAAUGGUGGGAGGGGUUGGUGGAGACGUUCAGAUUCUGAACAAGUAUGACUCGUGGAUCUCCUUCCUCAGCAGCGUGCGCUACUGGAUGGCCUUCAACAUUGAGCGGGCCUGCCAGUCUUACUUUGGAUGCGUCCAGUGUAUCAGCGGUCCUCUGGGGAUGUACAGGAACUCCUUGCUCCAGCGCUUCCUGGAGCCCUGGUACCAUCAAACCUUCCUAGGCUCUAAGUGCAGCUUUGGUGAUGACCGACACCUCACUAAUCGGGUUCUCAGUUUUGGCUACAAGACAAAAUUCACAGCGCGGUCACAGUGCCAGACUGAGACACCGACGCAGUACCUGCGUUGGCUCAACCAGCAGACACGAUGGAGCAAGUCUUACUUCCGUGAGUGGCUUUACAAUGCCCUGUGGUUCCACAAGCACAGCCUCUGGAUGACCUAUGAGUCCGUGGUUACCGGCUUCUUCCCCUUUUUCUUGGUUGCCACGGUUAUCCAUCUCUUCUACCGUGGAAGGCUGUGGAACAUUCUGCUCUUCUUAUUGACAGUCCAGCUGGUCGGCAUGGUGAAGGCCACCUACGCCUGUUUCCUUCGUGGCAGCUUGGUCAUGAUUUUCAUGUCCCUCUACUCUCUGCUCUACAUGUCAAGCUUGCUUCCUGCCAAAAUAUUUGCCUUGCUCACCAUCAACAAGGCAGGUUGGGGCACAUCAGGUCGCAAAAAGAUUGUUAUCAACUUAAUAGGCGCAGUUCCUGUCACAGUGUGGGCUAUGGUGCUGCUCGGAGGUGUGGUGUAUACCAUCUACUGUGAAACACAGGACCCAUUAAGUGAGACAGAAAAAGCCUUAUUGAUAGCAGGGACAAUACUCUACGCUUGCUACUGGCUCAUUCUGUUGGUGCUCUACCUGGCAAUCGUAGCCAAAAGGUGUAACAAGAGGGAAGAGCAGUAUCACCUACCAUAUGCAGAGGCAUAAACCUGAAUCCAGAGAGGCUGGUAGAACAUUUGAGCUUUGUUUCUGGCAGUAUGACUAAUAGGGUCUCUGUUGACCCUGUGAACUACUAAAGUGAUCAGCUCACAUCUUCAUCACUGGUGCUACAAAGGUGUGAAUCUGAAAUACUAGCAGAGAAAAUAGAAUUCAAUUGGGGGACUAACCAUGAAGACUGGAUCGAUCCAUCCAGCCCUCCCAUUUAAAUCAAGUUCAAUGGUGCUUCAUAUUGAAAAGCCAAACAGGAGUGAUCCAGUUAAUAAAGUGUUCACACACUUGUAAUUGUGAUGUGCUGAUGAGAACAGUAGUUAAAUAAUGGGUAUAGAUAAAAUCUUACCUAUACUUUAUGGGUAAAGGUAAGCUGGACAACUGUGAUGAUAUUAGUUGUCGGAUGCUUUUAGAGACAUGAAGGUCCUCUUUACUUAUUCAUCAGUUUUGUAAUUGCCUUCCUUUUUAGUAAAGGUUAGAUGGAAUUGAAUGAGAGCCUCUUUUAAGAUGUUUAGACAGAAUGUAAAGCAAAUCUUAGAAGUUUUGCCAAUGCCUUUUCAUCAUCUUUUGUCAUCUAAAAUACUUGACUUUGCAUCAGUAUACAAAUCUGAAGGGUGCUUAUUUGCAAGAGGAAGUUGUGUCAAAUUGAGGGUAAAAAUCCUGGUGCUCUAAAAUCAACCUCAUAACACUGUAAAGACACAGAAAAGUGGGGAGAGACUGAAGGACAAUAACUGAAAGAACUAAAGUUCUGGGUGAAUUAUGAGUUCAGUCAUUGGACACGUGAUAAUGAC